GGAAUAUAUAGACCUUGGUUACAAUCAACUAACCGGGCACAUCGUUCAAUUCCAAAGCCAUUUCUUAAGUUUCUUUUUUUGGAUCAAAAUAGGUUUCAUGGUUCAAUUCCAGUUCUACCACAUGACUUGAGAUCCUUUUUGAUCUCGAACAAUAAUUUGACCGGAGAGAUAUCUCAUUUGAUAUGCAAUAUGAGCUCAAUUGCAAUUCUUGAUCUUUAUAAUAACAGCUUGAGUGGCACCAUUCCAAAAUGCUUGGGAAACUUCAACAGUAGUCUUCAAGUGUUGGAUCUGCAAAAUAAUAUAAUUUAUGGAAGAAUUCCUGAUACAUUUUCAAAAGACAAUCAUUUGAGGAAACUUUCCAUCAACAACAAUUGGCUGGAAGGGUCUGUCCCACGAUCUUUGGUGAAUUGUACGAGGCUUGAAGUUUUCAACAUUGGAAACAACAACAUAAAGGAUACCUUCCCAUAUUUGUUGAGAAGUCUUCCAGAGUUGCAGGUUCUUGUUCUUCGUUCCAAUAAAUUUCACGGAUUUAUUCGAGUUUCUUCCGGCAAGGCCAAUCAUUCAUUUGGUAAGUUAAGAUUCUUUGAUAUUUCGAAUAAUAAUUUUAGUGGUCCUUUGCCUGCAAAGUAUUUUGAAAAUAUGAAAGCUAUGAUGAAUGUUGGUAAAGCUGGAAAGAAGUUGCGAUACUUGGGUGAUGGGUACUAUCAAGUUUCUGUGAUAGUAACUCUAAAAGGGUCCGAUUUUGAAAUGAUGAAAAUUCUCAAUCGGUUUACUAUGAUUGAUUUUUCAAACAAUAACUUCCAUGGUGAGAUUCCAAAACUAAUCGGAAAUCUUCAUGCACUUGAGCUUCUCAACCUUUCUCUCAAUAGUUUAACUGGUCAUAUCCCAUCAUCUUUCGGGAAAUUGACAGCUCUUGAGUCAUUAGACCUUUCUUCAAACAAGUUCGUUGGAGAAAUUCCACGUCAGUUGACAAAUUUGAACUUUCUUGAAGUUUUAAACUUGUCACAUAACCAUCUUACAGGUCCCAUACCUCAAAAUAAUCAAUUUAACACAUUCCCAAAUAAUUCUUAUAGUGGAAAUUUGGGAUUGUGUGGAUUUCCAUUGUCAAAGAAAUGUGGUGAUGACAGUGUGCCACAGCUCUUAGCAUCAGAAAAAAAUGACGUAGAGCCUGAAAAUGGAUUUGUUUGGCGAGUGGUGUUUAUAGGGUAUGGAUGUGGGGUGGUGUUUGGAUUAAUUAUGGGAUCUUUUGUAUUCGCAACUGGGAAGCCUCAAUGGCUGGUUGUCAUGAUUGAAGGAAAACGUUAUAGAAAGCUGCGAAGGUCCAAUAACAAUCGAGGCGGAAGAAGAAGGUAGUGCAUGCAUGCAAGAGGUCUGUUGGGUAAG